AUAUUGGAAUGUCUCCCCCGUCAUAACAUAGUUGAGCUCAAGCAAAAAUGAGUAGCAGCAGCUUGAAUGAUGAAAUGGCGAUUCUUUCGCAGUACUAUCCUGAUAUAUACACUCAGAUGACUGCGGAAAAAGGAGGGGAAGCGAAAGCGCAGAGAAGGCGGAAGAAGAGCAAAGGGGAGGGGAGCUGCAGCAUGUUCAGGAAAAGAAAGCUUACGGAUGAGCAGGUGAACAUGCUGGAGCUGAAUUUCGUGAAUGAGCACAAGCUGGACUCUGAAAGGAAGGACAGGAUUGCUUCGGAGCUGGGACUCGAUCCGCGACAGGUUGCGGUGUGGUUUCAGAACAGGAGAGCCAGGUGGAAGAGCAAGAAACUCGAGGAUGAGUACACCAAGCUGAAAAAUGAGCAUGACAACACAGUUGUAGAGAAAUGUCAGCUACAAAAUGAGGUCUUUAAGCUCAAAAACCAGCUCUCUGAAGCAGAAAAGGAAAUGCAGCAACUCGCUGAGCGCUUGGAUGGGGUUUCAAGUAACAGUCCUAGCUCGUCGUUCUCAAUGGAGGUUAUGGAUCCACCGUAUCUUGGGGAGUUUGGGAUGGAAGGAUUGGAAAAUGUUUUAUGCAUGCCGGAUAAUUAUUAUGGCAGUAAUGGAUUGGGGAUUUGGGCUGACAUAUAUGACAUGUAAAUAGAUUAGCAUGAUGUGCUUAACGAUGGUCUAGCGUAGUAGUGUACAUUCCUUAGUGUUCUUGUUCUCUAGCUAAUAAUCUCAGCGUUAUAGACUAGAAGGUUUAACAUAACUUGAAUGUGACUAGCUAUAAGUAUCAGCUCUAAGCUUUGUUAUAUAAUGUUAAUUUCACCUUGAUGUAAUAUAUAUACUAUUGGUGUACCUUGUAUA